CCCAUGGCGGCAGCAGCGGAUCCCGCAGCCGGCGGUCACCAAGGCCCGGACAGCAGCGCUCGGGGUAGCGGCAACACCAACACCGGUACCGGCGGCACCGGCAACGGCAGCAACGGCGACGGCACCGGCGGUCCCGGCUCGGUAGAACUGGCGGCGGCCCGGAGGAGGCUGAUAGCGGCGGAAGGGAGGCGGAGAGCAGCGGCGGAGCUGGAGGGCCGGGUUCGGCAGGUCCAUUGCGCCCUGCUGCACGCCGAGCUCCGCCUGGCAGCCCGGGCAGAGGCUCUGGGCCGGCUCGGGGCUGGGGUGGCCCAAGCCCAGCUCGCCCUGGCAGCCCAGAGCCAGAGGUUGCAGAAGGGGCUGCGGCGCCGCCCUCGCCCCCGCCCCGCAGCCCUCUUGGCCGCCGCCCGCGCCCUCCGCAGCUGCGUCCCUUGGGCCCCUUCCCGCACCCGCCCCGCAACCUCUGCGGCCACCGCGGGACGGCGCCUGCCCGCUGCACCCCGAGGCACAGCGUAG